GGGCUGAGAUCCAGCCUGUAUAAAUGAGGGGAAAGAGGUGGUGCAGAGAGAGCCACCUUGGUCGCAGGCAUCUCAGCUGAGUAUGGCAACCCUCGGGCUGCUGCUGCUGGCUUCCUGGGCUCUCCUUGGGACUCUGCAGCUGCAGGCCGAUGCGAGGCCAGCGCCCUACGUGGUGAAGCUGUGCGGGCGCGAGUUCAUCCGAGCGGUCAUCUUCACCUGCGGGGGCUCGCGAUGGCGCCGGGCGGAUGUCUUGGCCCAUGACUCUCUGGGGGACUUCUUCCCUGAUGCAGAAGCCAAUACGGACAACCUGGCCAGCGAACUGGACGAAGCUGUGGGCUCCAGCGAGUGGCUGGGCCUGACCAAAUCCCCCCAGGCCUUCUAUGGUAGUCGACCCAGCUGGCAAGGGUCGCCUGGAGCAGUUCGGGGCAGCAGAGAUGUCCUGGCUGGCCUUUCCAGUAGCUGCUGCGAGUGGGGCUGUAGUAGGAGUCAAAUCAGCAGCUUGUGCUAGUACCCGGGUCGGGCGAUGGGGGCCGCGCCCGGUGUCUCCAACCUGCUGUCUGUGCGAUGCUCACGAGCCUUCCUACGGGCAAGGCAUUGCAGCCUCCGCGGUCUCCUCACAGACCUUCUGCCAAGACGCUACUAGCCCCACCUAGCUCCGGACCACACCCAUACCCAGCCAAGAGGAAACUUGAUCUUUAUGGCUGAAUUCUUCCCCUCCCCAACCCCAGCUCCAGAGAGCCCGGCUACAGCCAGGCUUCCACCUACCCAAACUGGCCACACUAAGAACCCAUGUCCUGUCCAGUCCUAAUUGCCGCCGCUGUUUCCUGGCCAGGCCAUGGCAAUCUACGCCCCCCUCCCCGCUCCUCUACCGUCGGUCCCCAGCCCAAAGCACUCUGCUGCGUGCAGAACCCAGGGCUGGGGACGCGAGGGCCCCAGUACUCAGGC